AUGGGCGACAAAUUCGACGACAUAGACAUGCUUGAGAUCCCCGACGACGAGGUUUCGUCGUCGCUGGAGACAGAAGCCAUCUCCGAGUCCUCCAGCUCGUCGCGUGCCCGUUCUAAAGGCCAGUCUGCGGGACCCGAGGACUUGUUCAACAGCCAUAAACUCUACAUCCCGCUACAGGACUGGUUGAGCUCCGACAGCAGUGCCGAGAUCGAGUUCCAGUUUGACCCCAUCAAGUACGACAACAGCUUGGAGCUCACAGACAGCUACUCCAGGGCAUACGUGAAAUACACCAAUGCUAUGUAUAAAGUGAUAGAAGGAUUGACAAAGCAAAAAGUCACCAGGAUCGAGCUCGAGCAGCCCCAGCAGGAGCCAAUUGGCGUAAUUACCAGUGCUGGAGACACGGGAGCAAGCACCAAGGCAGAAAGCAUAAUCAACCUGGCCUUGGACUCCAUAAUCCACCACUUGAAUAGCUUGCUCGAGGAUAUCACAGACACCAAGCCUGAAAUCCAUGCCCAGCUCCAGAACUUGGCGAUCAUAUUGGAGUGUCUCAAAGCCAAUUGGUUCUACGGAGAGGCUAACAGAAAGCCCGAGUUAUUGGUCAGAUGGAUCAAUAUGUACGAUUACAAGCCUGACGACGAGAUCAUCACCUCCAUAAUGAUUGAGACCCCCAAACCUUACUUGCAUCCACUUUUCUGGCUCAAGCUCAUGAGCCAGCUCUUGACCAGAGGAUUGUUUGAACAAGCAGACGAAGUUUUGAAAGGAUCCCGGUAUCAGGAAUUGAUUGAAGACAUUCAAAAGGCAGAAGGCCAAAUCGAAAUCCACUCCAUUAUCUCAGACUUCCACGAAUUAAUUUCAAACUAUACAAACUUCUCACUCAAAGGACAAUUUGAAAAGUGGAAACUCAAGGCGUGCGAGUUCAGAGACGGUUUAAGUAAGAGAAGUGCGGGUAUCACCAGUGCUGAGCACGUCACAAUUGCAAGACAAAUUCAUGAUUUAGCCUGUGUCAUCACGGGGUUGCCAAAAACCAUCUCCAACUUUUGUGAGGAUUGGUACGAACUUUACGUGGCCUUGGCCUUAUUUCAAGUCAGAGAUGACAAAGUCUUAUAUGAAGAAUAUUUCAAGCUUGCCAUAGAUGAAAAGCCCCCUGCAUACUACGACGAAGAAGUUGAAGAACUCGACGAGAAUGAAUUGGUCGAGGCUUGCUUCGUCAACAUUAUCGAAGAAAACUUUCUUAAGGUAUUGAGGUAUUUAUACGAACUUGACCCAAUCACUUCUGCGUGUGUUGCUAAGUUGUUGGAGCUCAAGGGUUUGCUUAAGAACUACUACAAUGUCAAUACCGAUGUGAACAAUUUUCAAGCGAUUCUUGACAAGAGAACCAUUUCCGAAUACUUCUUGACUGUGCAGGCUUAUGAAUGCUUGAAUGUCCACGACUUGGUUCCCAUCGGAAUAGGCUUGCUUCUCAACGAAGACAUUUCGACCUCAAAAUCUUCCCAUUUGACCGCCAAAAAGGUCAUUGAAUCAUUCUUGCCCAAAUUCCACUGCAAGACUAAUGAUGAUUUGGAAUGGGUGCUAACAAUCUGUGCCAAAUUGAAUCUCAUUCCUUUAUCCAAACAACUUUAUUACAAUUAUGGUAUCAAGUCCUUAGAGGAAGGUUUAAUCUACGAGUCUCUCGACUUAUUUGUCAAGAGUUACGAUGGAGACUCGUUCAAUGGUUUCAACGAAGGAAUAAAAAAGAUUCACUAUAUCGUGUGGGACUUGAUUUUCCAGGAUAGUGUUGUUAACAACAGGCCGUCCAAUGACGAACUCAUAAAUAACAUCGUUGGUGGAGAAAUUGACGACUCAUUCGAGGUGGACCCUGUGAUAAGACAGUGUCUUGCGCCAUACGCGGUAUUAUACAAGUUCUUCACAUCAUUAGCAGAAUCCAGAUCCAGCCUAUCCAGAUUGUCAGUUGAUGGCACAUCAGCAUCCAUGAAUCAAUUGUCCUCAUUGAUACAUUUGUUGAGAUUCAAUCAUUUGCCAAAGAAAUUCUAUCCGUUAUUAUUGAGUCAAAUUUUACCGUUUUUGACCAGCCAGGACGAGAAGUUUCACCUUCCAGACUUGAUCAUGAUCAUCGAAUUAAUUGAUUCAUACGAGCUUCAAACCACCAAGGACGAGAUCAAGGAAGGGGAUGCGUUAUACAAAUAUUCUAUCAACCAUAUUGAAGAAGAAACCACCAGCUACGACUGGAGAAAGAAAGUGACGACGAAUGGCAAGAAGAUUCCUGAGACCACGGACGAAUUGGUCAAGGUGCUUCGUAAUGAAAUCAUUUCCAAGAUUGGACAAGUUUAUAUCAAGUAA